AUGAAUUAAUAGUCAGAUAAGGCAAAGUAAUACGCCUAAGAGAAUGUGGUUUUCUUAUUAUAGAGACUAAUGGAAGACAUUUUAGCUCAAUAGCCAAUGAAUGUGGUAAGCUCAUUGAUAUUAUUGAGAUUGAUUGGUCAAUUGCAUGGUUAGAUAAGAAAGGCAGGGAAAUAGUCAAAUCAAAACAGAAACCGAGUGCCAAGUCCUCGUCUUCAGAUGAAGAAAUAGUUGAAUUACAAAAAAGACCUGCUGCAGCUCGUAAAUAGAGAGCUUCAAUUUCUGCUGAAGCAUAUGGAUAGUACAACAGAAAAGAGGUGUAUAAAUAUAAAUAAUAUUUCAGUCAUUUCAACCUCGAGUGAUAGUCAAGUCCCAAUAAUAGAAAGAGAUCAUAAGCAAAAGAUUGUCAUAAUCAUUUAUGUUUGCAUCUCUAGAUAGCAGAGAAAAAGAUAUCGUAAUUGAUGCAAUGGAAGAACGAAAUUAUAAGUAUGAAGAUUGGUUAUCUCAUUAUCUAGUGUAGAUGAUUGGGUAAUCAAACAAGGAGAUAAUGGAGAUAAUUUAUACGUUGUUGAUCAAGGAGAAUUAAAUUGCUUUAAGAGAUUCACUAAGGAUGGCGAGAACAAAUUCUUAAAAGUGUAUUACCCUGGAGAGUCAUUUGGAGAGUUGGCUUUGCUUUACAAUGCUCCCAGGGCAGCAUCUAUUCAAAGUAAAACUAAUAGUGUUCUAUUUGCAUUGGAUAGACAAACCUUCAAUCAUAUUGUUAAAGAUGCAGCUAUGAGGUAUACAAAUUUAUAUUUCAAUCAUAGAAAAAGAGAAAAAUAUGUGAAUGUUUUGAAAUAAAUUGAGUUACUCUCCAUGAUGGAUCCAUAUGAAAGGUCGCAUGUUGCUGAUGCUAUCAAGAGUGCUUAUUUUUAAAAGGGAGAAUAUGUUAUUAGGGAGGGUGAAUAAGGAGAUAUCUUUUAUAUGAUUGAAGAGGGCAAUUUGAUUGCAACCAAGACUUUAGUUCAAGGGCAAGAUCCAGUCAAAGUAUUUUAAUAUAAGGAAGGCGAUUAUUUCGGAGAAUUAGCCUUACUUAAGGAUGUACCAAGAUAAGCUAAUGUAAUUGCUGAAGUAAUUUGAAUACUAUUUAAUAGACCGAAGUGAAAUUAAUAUAUUUAGAUCGACAUAGUUUUAAAAGAAUGUUGGGGCCGUUGGAAGAUAUUUUGAGAAGGAACACAGAGAAGUACCAGAAAUAUGAGUAAUAUUGGAUCACUUAAGGCAAAUGA